ACUCACAAAUACAAUUGUUCUUAUGUUUGUAGCAAAGGCGCUGCUAAGGGGGGCCGGGGGGGGCAAGGUGGGGCCACCUUGAUACAGGAAAGGUUAUAUUCAGAGUUUAUCCUUCAAAGCAGCACAGAAGUCCAAUCAGUGUGGAGAGCACUGACCACGGUCACAGACUUACUGUUGUAUUCUGAGUUUUAAAAUUGAAAACCUUAUCUUGUACUUAACGGCACAGUCAGUAAUAUUUUGAACCUCUAGUGUAAAAUCCCUGACUUCCUGUUGCGAUAAUCAAAAUGCUGGCGGAACUUUUUUUUCCCACGUGUGUAGCAGAUUAGUGAAGAUCAGUUAAACCAGACAGAAUUGCUGCGUUCUAGGGGGCGCUGUUGAGCCAUUUUGCCACAAGCAUUUCCAGGUACCACAGAAUUGUACAUUUUCACCAGGCCUGAUGCGCCGGUGAAGUUUGGUGAAUUUCCGAGUAUGUUCAAGCCAUAAAAAAAUGAUUCCUCUGAAUAUGUUAACCCUUUGAUACACAAGCUGUGCAAACCGCUUCUCAUGCACAACUUGGGUCAAAGAGGACCUGUGUGCAGUUACUGUGUUAUUUCAUGCACGAGUGUUUCUCUGCUUUACUCUGUUAUAGUUUAUUCUUCCUUCUUCAUGAGGAGAAGCCUCCUUUGAAGUCAUUCAUGUUAUCAAAGGAGCCUUCUUCAUUCAGGAGAGCUGGAUUCCAGGACUCACCCACAACUCCAGCGUGAUCCCGUAGAUGUGGAACAGAGUCUAGUUCCUCAGCAUCGGAGAUUUCAGACUAAGAAUCCAAACCAAGAAUUAUCUCCUCCUCUUCCUCCUCCUCUUCCUCAUUCUGGUCCUCAUCCAGCAUCUCUAUGGCCAUCAUCACAGAGGAGAUGGUGCGGCGGCGAGCUGAGCACAACGACUGUGAGAUCUUCUCUCUGGAGGAGGUUUCUCUGCAUCAGCAGGACAUCGAGAGGAUCGAGCACCUGGACCGGUGGUGCAGGGACCUGAAGAUCCUCUACCUGCAGAACAACCUGGUCUCCAGGAUGGAGAAUCUCAGUCGCCUGAAGAAGCUGGAGUAUUUGAAUUUGGCUUUGAACAACAUUGAAGUCAUUGAAAACCUCGAAGGCUGCGAGAGCCUGCAGAAGUUGGACUUGACGGUGAACUUCAUCGGCUGUCUGAGCAGCGCGGAGUCUUUGAGACACAACCUCCACCUCAGGGAGCUGUUCCUGGUCGGGAACCCCUGCACCGAGUUCCAGGGCUACAGACAGUUCCUGGUUUCCUCUCUGCCACAACUCAAGUCUCUGGACGGGACGGAGAUCAGCCGAUCGGAGAGGAUUCGGUCCUCACAGGGACUGAAGGAGGUGAAGAGACGAGUGUUAGAGCAGGAGAAAGAAUUCCUGAGGAGGAGAGCCGAGGAGAAAGAGGAGGUGCAGAGGAAGGCUGCAGGAGAGGAGAAAGGAAACAAGGAGAGGAGAGGAGGUUCUGACGGCAGCUCGAGCACCAACACAGGGCUGGAGGACAACGAGGAGAGAGAGGAGGUGGAGGAGAACGAGGACAGCCAGGAGGUGGAGGAGAACGAGGAGAACAAGGAGGUGGAGGAGAACGAGGAAAACAAGGAGGUGGAGGAGAACACUAAGCAGCGGGCGUCGGAGGAGGAGGAGCAGCAGGAGCAGGAGUUCUGGAACACGCCAUGUUCGUUCACCCCCGAGUCUCGUCUGGAGACUCAUCGCCACCUGGAGAAGAAGAGGAGGGCGAAGGAGAAGGGGGCGGAGAAGCAGCCGAGGGCCUCGAGGACCCUGAUCACCGCUGACGGACGAGUCAUGAACGUCAACGAGCCGAAGUUGGAUUUCUCUCUCACUGAAGACGAGCAGAACAACACUGUGGUCUUAGACCUGGCCGUGUACAGACACAUGGACACGUCCCUCGUGGACGUGGACGUCCAGACCACGUACGUCCGAGUCAGCGUCAAAGGAAAGAUAUUUCAGGUGGUCCUGCCGGCUGAAGUGAGGCCGGACAGCUCCACGGCUCAGAGGUCUCAAACUAGCGGACACCUGGUCCUCACCAUGCCCCGGGCUGAAGGUGAAAUCAAAGUGUCCAAGGUCGUCCCACGUCCAGCCGGUGUGCGUCCAGGCAGAAGCAGCAGCUCCUCCCAGGACAGUAAGAGGAACCCUUCCUCCCCCGAGUGGCUGGACGUGGACCCCAGCGGGCGAACCGUCCUGGACCUCGGCAGCAUCGUACCGGGCCCCAGAACCAGACGAGGUCCGGUGGAAGCCUCCAGGGCGGCUCCAGCUGUGGCCCCCGCUCACUGCUGCUUCUCUGAAGGCUUCGUGGACGAUCCCGAGGUGCCCCCCCUCAUGUAGGCUCACAGAUGAGCUCCGGUCCAGUCGCCUUACAUCAGACAGAACUCAGUGAUCCGUCGGCCGAGUGGUGGCAGCGACUGGUGCAGGAGGAGUUUGUGAAGUUUUCCAGAAAAGUCAGAAUUCUUCCCUGUUUCAAACGAUGUUUUAUUUAAUAAAAGAUAGAAAAGGUG